AUGGAGGUGAUGCGCGAGGCUUUGCAGAACGCGGUGAACAGCGUUCAGAAGAAGCAUCCCAGGCUGCUCUCACAGCUUGUGUUCGUCAAAGGUCGCCCGCACUUCCAGACGACCUCCAGUGGCGUUGUGGAGGUCGACGUAAUUGAGAAUAUCCCCGAGUCUAUCUCUGCGUCUAUUGACGGCAACGGGGAAGGUUCUGAGGAGUUUUUGGACGAUUCCUUCGAGAUCGGAAGGAGGUGUUCGAUCGAUGUUGGUGGUGGCAAAACUGCUGCUGAAGAAGAGGGCUUGGAAUGCAGCGAGUCGGGGCGAAGUGGUUUCAAGAUGAGUCUGUGUCAGGACCACUGGCUGAGAAUCGUUGAAUCCGCCAUGAACGAGCCGUGGAAGUGUGACGAGUCGUCUGUGGGAGAGGAAGCUGCGAGCCUCCUGUGCUUCAGGAUGUACAGGCUUCACGAGGGCCGUUCCUUGAUUCUUUUCCGUGCACACACAUCUGUGUGCGACCGCAAGUCUGCUGGCAUCAUUGUGGAGGAUCUCCUUUCCUUCCUUGAUGAUGAAGUCAAUGGCAGUGGAAGCCGCGCUGAUCUUGGCAGCGCAAAUGAGUGCUCCGGAGAUGAGCCCAAUUCCCAGGACAAGGAUCACUCUGCGAAGAUCCAGAAGGCAGAGCUGCCAGUGUCAAGUCUGAAGGAUGUGGAGAGCUGCAUCCCUCCAGAACUUUCGAGGAAGCCAUUCUGGGCUCAUGGGCUGGAUGUUGUUGGAUAUGGGCUGAACUCUCGCCGUUAUUCAUGGCUUCCGUUUCAUGAUUCCUCAUCGGAGCGUCAGUCUGCUCUCAUCCGAUCUGGUCUCAGCAGAUCUGACACUGAAAGGCUCAAGCAGGCAUGUGAGAAGCAGAACAUUACCCUAUUUGGAGCAGUUGCAUGUGCAGCACUGAAAGCCGUGGCCAGUGUAAAGGAGCUGGGUCGCAAGGGAGAACACUUCGCUGUCACCACGUUUUUGGACUGCCGUCCAUUGCUAUCCCAUGAGAUCACCUUGGACACUGUUGGGUUCUACCAUUCGGCCAUGAUGCACACACAUCAAGUGAGCGAAACUUCAGAAUUCUGGGACCUUGCAAAGCGGUGCCAUGAGUCGACCCUGCAUGCCAUCAAGAAUAGAAAGCACUACACUGACAUGGGUGACCUCAACGUGCUCAUGGCCCAGGCUAUCUUGCAUCCCCAGCUCACCCCAGAAAGCUCUCUUCGAACGUCCACUGUGUGCUCCUUCUGGGAUGCCCUGCACGAAAGGAUGCAGGUGAGGAGUUGUCCAAGUCAAUACGUAAGCUUCUAA